UGUCUUCAUGCUAUCCCACAUUUAUAAGCUCUUGUUAUUUUGCACUUCAUUCUGUUUCUCUUAUUUUUUCAUAUUUAGUUAUUUAUCUACAACACCUCUCAGUUGGUUCCCCUGCAUGCACUCCAUUGCAUAGUUUUGGAAACCAAGAUUUUCUGAAGGGAAACUUUAACAGAAACCAAAGAUGGAAAUAACCAACGUCAGUGAGUAUGAGGCCAUUGCAAAGCAAAAAUUGCCCAAGAUGGUGUUUGACUACUAUGCAUCAGGAGCAGAGGACCAAUGGACUCUGGCAGAAAACAGAAAUGCUUUCUCAAGAAUUCUGUUUCGACCACGUAUUCUUAUUGAUGUAAGCAAGAUAGACAUGACUACUACUGUUUUGGGCUUCAAAAUAUCUAUGCCAAUAAUGAUUGCCCCAACAGCCAUGCAGAAAAUGGCUCAUCCUGAGGGGGAGUAUGCAACAGCAAGAGCUGCAUCAGCCGCUGGAACAAUUAUGACUUUAUCCUCAUGGGCAACUUCUAGUGUUGAGGAGGUUGCUUCAACUGGACCUGGAAUCCGCUUUUUCCAGCUCUAUGUCUACAAGGACAGGCAUGUUGUUGCUCAACUUGUGAGAAGAGCUGAAAGAGCUGGGUUCAAGGCUAUUGCCCUUACAGUUGAUACCCCAAGACUGGGUCGCAGAGAAGCUGACAUCAAGAAUAGGUUUACUUUACCACCAUUUUUGACAUUGAAGAACUUUGAAGGUUUGGACCUUGGCAAGAUGGACAAAAGUAAUGACUCUGGACUUGCUUCAUAUGUUGCUGGUCAAAUAGAUCGUUCUCUGAGCUGGAAGGAUGUGAAGUGGCUUCAGACAAUCACCAAACUGCCAAUUCUAGUUAAGGGUGUACUCACUGCUGAGGAUGCAAGGCUAGCAGUACAAGCUGGAGCUGCUGGGAUUAUUGUAUCCAAUCAUGGAGCUCGCCAACUUGAUUAUGUCCCUGCCACCAUCCUGGCCCUUGAAGAGGUCGUUAAAGCUGCACAAGGACGAGUGCCUGUGUUCUUGGACGGUGGUGUACGUCGUGGAACAGAUGUAUUCAAGGCAUUGGCACUGGGAGCUUCUGGCAUAUUUAUUGGACGCCCUGUGGUGUUCUCAUUGGCUGCAGAAGGAGAGGCUGGUGUGAGAAAAGUACUCCAGAUGCUGCGUGAGGAGUUUGAGCUAACUAUGGCAUUAAGUGGUUGCCGUUCGCUCAAUGAAAUCACCCGUAAUCACAUUGUGACUGAUUGGGACCUUCCUCACCCACGCCCAUUGCCCAGGCUAUAGAAAAAUGCCUCAGAACAUCAGCAGCUGCCUAUAUAAUGCAGUGUUCUUUAAAUGGUUAUAUUCUGUGUUAAGCAGCCUGCCAUUUUCUUUGAAGAACUCAUUUUAGUUUUGAUGAGUCUGCAAAUAUUUUGGAAGUUCUAAACUUCCUGUUAUGAUGAUGAAUAAUGUGUCUUUAUUAAUAGUGCUUCCUUUCAAUGUAUAUUCUUUAUACACAUAUAUACAUAGUUUUAUCUUCAC